CAGGAAACAGCCUCGUUUUCGUCAGAUAGGACAACACCUAGUAAAAACCGAAUCUGCGACGGGAGAGAGGAGUGGGGCUUGGCGAAACCGCUCAACCCACAGAAUGGGCGAUUUAUAACAUUUUAACACUCGAGUGUCACUAUUUUCACAACAAACAAAUUCUACAACGAUUAUUUUACAAGAUUCAGUAGCUAUGUCGGCAACAUUGUCGCGCGGCUCGCUCCAACCGGGCCAGCAGAAGCUGGCCGAGAAAUUUACCAUUCUGAACGACCGGGGCAUCGGGAUGCUCACUCGUGUCUAUAAUAUCAAGAAGCAAGGACAAGUUUGGAAGGCAUGUGGUGACCCCAAAGCCAAACCAUCCUAUCUAAUAGACAAGAACCUGGAGUCUGCUGUCAAGUUCAUUGUCAGAAAAUUCCCAGCGGUUGAAACACGCAACAACAAUCAACAGCUUGCACAACUACAAAAAGAGAAGUCUGAAAUCCUUAAGAAUCUAGCGUUGUAUUACUUCACAUUCGUAGAUGUGAUGGAGUUUAAGGACCAUGUCUGUGAGCUGCUGAACACUAUCGAUGCUUGCCAAGUAUUCUUUGAUAUUACUGUAAACUUUGACCUGACCAAAAACUACCUUGACUUAGUAGUGACCUACACUAACCUAAUGAUGCUACUGUCUCGGAUUGAAGAGAGGAAAGCUAUCAUUGGCCUCUACAACUAUGCCCAUGAAAUGACACAUGGAUCAAGUGAUCGAGAGUACCCUAGGCUGGGACAGAUGAUCGUUGACUACGAGAACCCGCUGAAAAAGAUGAUGGAGGAGUUUGUUCCACAUGGGAAGUCGUUGUCAGACGCCCUGCUCUCCCUCCAGAUGGUGUACCCCAGGAGAAACCUGUCUGCUGACCAGUGGAGGAACGCCCAGCUACUCAGUCUCAUCAGUGCUCCUAGCACCAUGCUCAACCCAGCCCAGUCAGACACAAUGCCCUGUGAAUACUUGUCCCUGGACGCCAUGGAGAAGUGGAUAGUAUUUGGCUUCAUCUUGUGUCAUGGGGUCUUGAACAGCGACCAGGCAGCUCUGAGCCUGUGGAAGUUGGCUCUUCAGAGCAGCACCUGCCUCUGUCUCUUCAGAGACGAGGUGUUCCACAUCCACAAGGCUGCUGAGGACCUCUUCAUCAACAUCCGCGGCUACAAUAAGCGUGUGAAUGACAUCAAAGAGUGCAAAGAACAAGCUCUGUCACAUGCAGGCUUGAUGCACAGAGAAAGACGCAAGUUCUUGAGAUCUGCCCUGAAGGAGCUGGCCACAGUCCUAUCUGACCAGCCAGGAUUACUGGGCCCUAAGGCCCUGUUUGUAUUCAUGGCUCUGUCGUUCGCUCGGGAUGAGAUCAUUUGGCUGCUACGACAUGCAGACAACAUCCAGAAGAAGAGCACAGAUGACUUUAUUGACAAGCACAUUGCAGAGCUGAUCUUCUACAUGGAGGAGCUAAGGGCCCAUGUGAGGAAGUAUGGUCCUGUCAUGCAGAGGUACUAUGUCCAGUACCUGUCUGGCUUCGAUGCCGUGGUGCUCAACGAGCUAGUACAGAAUCUGUCCGUCUGUCCUGAGGAUGAGUCCAUUAUCAUGUCCUCCUUCGUCAACACCAUGACUUCCCUCGGCGUCAAACAAGGUGUUACAGUGGAAGACGGGGACGUGUUUGAUUUCAGGGGCAUGAGGCUGGACUGGUUCAGAUUGCAGGCGUAUACUAGCGUGUCCAAGGCUUCUCUGGGCAUCGCAGACCACCGUGAGCUAGGCAAGAUGAUGAAUACCAUUAUAUUCCACACCAAGAUGGUGGAUUCCCUGGUGGAGAUGCUGGUGGAGACGUCUGACCUCUCCAUAUUCUGCUUUUACAGUCGUGCGUUUGAGAAGAUGUUCCAGCAGUGUUUGGAGCUGCCAUCCCAGUCUCGUCACUCCAUCUCCUUCCCUCUGCUCUGUACCCACUUCAUGAGCUGCACCCAUGAGCUCUGUCCUGAGGAGAGGCAUCACAUAGGCGACCGUAGCUUGUCCCUGUGCAACAUGUUUCUGGAUGAGAUGGCUAAACAGGCCCGCAACCUCAUCACAGACAUCUGCACCGAGCAAUGCACGCUCAGCGACCAGCUGCUGCCAAAACAUUGUGCCAAAACCAUCAGUCAGGCGGUGAACAAGAAGUCAAAGAAGCAGACUGGGAAGAAAGGAGAGCCUGAGAGAGAGAAGCCUGGAGUAGAGAGCAUGAGGAAGAACAGGCUGCUGGUCACCAACCUGGAUAAGCUUCACACAGCUCUAUCCGAGCUGUGUUUCUCCAUCAAUUAUGUACCCAACAUGGUGAUAUGGGAACACACCUUCACUCCCAGGGAGUACCUCACCUCACACCUGGAGAUCCGCUUCACCAAGUCUAUCGUGGGGAUGACCAUGUAUAACCAGUCGACCCAGGAGAUAGCCAAACCGUCUGAGCUGCUGACCAGUGUCAGGGCCUACAUGACUGUGCUCCAGAGCAUAGAGAACUAUGUUCAAAUAGAUAUCACCAGGGUGUUCAACAAUGUGCUACUGCAGCAGACACAACAUCUGGACAGUCACGGAGAACCAACCAUCACCAGCCUCUACACCAACUGGUAUCUGGAGACCUUACUGCGCCAAGUAAGUAACGGACACAUUGCUUACUUCCCAGCCAUGAAGGCUUUUGUCAACCUGCCUACGGAGAACGAGCUCACCUUCAAUGCAGAGGAAUACUCUGAUAUCUCAGAGAUGCGGUCCCUGUCAGAGCUGCUGGGGCCCUAUGGGAUGAAGUUCCUCAGUGAGAGUCUCAUGUGGCAUAUCUCCUCCCAGGUGGCCGAGCUCAAGAAACUGGUGGUGGACAACGUUGAGGUUUUGACCCAGAUGAGGACCAGCUUUGACAAGCCUGGAGAAAUGGCUGCUCUGUUCAAGAAGCUCUCAUCAGUCGACAGUGUUCUGAAACGGAUGACCAUCAUCGGCGUUAUCCUCUCAUUCCGAUCGCUGGCUCAGGAGGCACUCCGAGAUGUGUUGUCGUGCCACAUCCCAUUCCUGGUGAGCUCAGUGGAGGACUUCAAGGAUCACAUUCCCAGAGAGACCGACAUGAAGGUGGCCAUGAAUGUCUAUGAGCUGUCAUCUGCAGCAGGCCUGCCCUGUGAGAUAGACCCUGCCUUAGUGGUGGCCCUCUCCUCCCAGAAGUCAGAGAACAUCAGUCCUGAGGAGGAGUACAAGAUAGCGUGCCUGCUGAUGGUCUUUGUGGCAGUCUCUAUGCCCACCUUGGCAAGCAACGUCAUGUCCCAGUAUAGCCCUGCUAUUGAAGGUCACUGCAACAACAUCCACUGUCUGGCUAAAGCUAUUAACCAGAUCGCUGCAGCUUUAUUCACCAUCCACAAGGGCAGCAUCGAGGACCGCCUCAAAGAGUUCCUAGCACUUGCCUCCUCCAGUUUGCUGAAGAUCGGCCAGGAGACUGACAAAACCACAACAAGGAACAGAGAAUCUGUCUACUUGCUCCUGGACAUGAUUGUGCAGGAGUCCCCAUUCCUGACCAUGGACCUUCUGGAGUCCUGCUUCCCCUAUGUGCUACUCCGUAACGCAUACCACGCCGUCUACAAGCAGAGUGUGCCUUCCUCAACCUGAAAGCCCUGAGAGGAGGUGAAAAGAGGAGGAGGAGAGGCUAGAGAGGAGGAGGAGGAGAGGCUAGAGAGGAGGAGGAGGAGAGGCUAGAGAGGAGGAGGAGGAGAGGCUAGAGAGGAGGAGGAGGAGAGGCUAGAGAUGAGAGGCUAGGGAGGAGGAGGAGUGGAGGGGGAGAGGCUAGAGAGGAGGAGGAGAGGCUAGAGAGGAGGAGUAGGAGGAGAGGCUAGAGAGGAGGAGAGGCUAGCGAGAGAGGCAGGGAGGCUGGAGAGAGAGAGAGAAAGGCAGGGAGGCUAGCGAGAGCGAGAAAGGCAGGGAGGCUAGCGAGAGCGAGAAAGGCAGGAAGGCUAGCGAGAGCGAGAAAGGCAGGAAGGCUAGCGAGAGAGAAAGGCAGGGAGGCUAGCGAGAUAGAGAAAGGCAGGGAGGCUAGAGAGAGAAAGGCAGGGAGGCUAGAGAGAGAGAGGCAGGGAGGCUAGCAGAGAGAGAGGCAGGCGGGGACGCUCCCUGCCUAGCGAGAGAAAGCGGUUUUGUCUGGAGCCUUAGCAUGCAGAGAGUGAAGAAGACAACACCAGGGGCCUUAUGUAUCAAGCUUCUCAGAGUAGGAGUGCUAAUUUGAGAUCAGUUUUGAUUUAAUAUUUUAUUUGGAUCCCACUGCUAAUCUCUUCCUGCAGUCCAAACAGGAAACAAAACAACAAAUGGAAUACAUAAUAUACAUAACACUACAGAAUGCACUACAUAAUACAAUGCUUAAAACAAUACUUAAUACAAUGCAGAAUACACUACAUAAUACAAUACUUAAUACAAUGCAGAAUAUAAUACAAAAUAUAUAAAAAUGUCUGUCUCUUCACAGUCCCCGUUGUGCCGUAAGGUGUUCUUUUAUCCAUUUGUUUUAAUCUGGUUGUAUUGCUAGUUUGAGUUAUCCUGGGUGGUAGAGAGUUCCAUGCAGUCAUGGCUCUAUUUAAUACUGUGCAUUUCCUAGCCUCUGUUCUGGACCUAGGGGACUGUGAAGAUACUUCUGGCUGCAUGUCUUGUGUGGUACCAAUGAAUGUUUGAACUAUGUGCCAACUGCUUGAACAAACAGUUUGAUACCUUUAACCAAUCAACACCUGGCAAAAAAAGACUUUGAGCCAAGAGAGAUUGACAUGCAUACCACUGACAUCCGCCCUCUGUAUACAUUUUCAAUGCAAUAUGUGCUGCUCUGUUCUGGAUCAACUGCAAUUUUCCUAUGUCCUUCUUUGCCACACAAGUCUACACAACUGGGCAGUAGUCCAAGUGUGACAAAACUAGGGCCUGUAGGACCUGUCUGGUUGAUUUCGAUGCCAAGAAAGCAGAGCAACUUCUUAUCAUGAACAGAAGUCUUCCCAUUUUAGCAACCAUUUAGUCUAUAUGUUUUGACCAUGACAGUUUGCUAGCUAGGGUUACACCCAGCAGUUACAUGGACAGGGGACCUGAUCCUAGAUCAGAACUCCUACUCUGAGACGCUUGAUGCAUGCAGGCAGCCCCAGAGCCCUAUACUGAGAAUAUAAAUAUAUGGCUCUGGACAACUUGAGAGUCUGAUAUGAUGACAUGACCAUUGUGGGUGUGCUGUGUUUCAUUUUCUGUCUUAAAGAAAACAAAAAAUAAUAUUAUUGGUUUUGUGGGAUCAGGGUUUUUUCUUUUCACCCAGUUGUAUGAAUGAGUAAUUUGUUUACUUAAAUGAAUCUGAUGUAAGCUUUGUUGACAAUGAUCAGUGGUACACUACUACUUAAUUACAUUUUUGAAUACUGUCUUAGUUUUUCAGUUUCUAAAUAUUGAAUGGGUUAAAAAAAUGUAACACUAAAAUUGCUAUUAAGGGUAAAGUGAAGCAUUGCAAUGUGCAAAACUAAUUGCAGAUUUUUGGAAAAAUGAUGAUCCACAGUUAUUACAUUCACCAUCAUCAUCUGUUGAUUAUUACAGUAUGUGUAUUUGUGAAUUUGUGUUAAUUACAUUCUUGCGUUCUUUUGAGAUAUUUGCCAAACUGUUGAGAAACCAUAGCAUUUAUAUUAUUUGGAGCUAAGCUAAAAUGUUGGUAUUAAACUUAAAUAUUAUGAAAAGUGGUAACAGAUGGUUGAUAUUUGUAUAAAGCAUAGAAUAAUUUUUUAACUAAAUGCAUUGGCAUAACCACUCCAUUGUACCUGUCUGUACGGUAUAUAAUAAACAUUCUUUCAUAAUUAUUGAAUGUUAAUAAAUAGCUCUCCUUUUACCACUUUUAUAUGUUUUCGAUGUUUCAAUGAACCGUGUAUCCUCCAUAACGUGACCAAUAAAUCUUAGGCUAUAUCCACUUA